UUUUGCGAAUACCCUAACCAAUUCUAACCGUGAGAGAUUUACUUCUCUCGUUUUACAGAAAACUAAUAGAUGUUAUAUCAAAGUCAUACCUACAAUUAGAAACACAUUAAAUUUUAUAAAAAAAGAAAUUUUGAUCUGUUAUCCGUCAAGCGAUUUUUAAAUGCCACACGACAAAAAGAUUACGCGGCGUAGCCGAUCUCGCGAUCGUGAACGGGACCGUGAUCGCGAACGUGAGCGACGGGACCGUCGGCGCAGCAGGAGUCGUUCCAAGGAUCGUAAGAAAGAUAGGAAGCGAUCCAGAUCGAGAGAACGGUCGCGAGAGCGUGACAGAUCGCGAGAGCGCGAUAGAUCCCGCGAACGUGACAGAUCGCGGGAAAAGGAUCGAGAACGCUCAAGGGAUGGUCGAGCGGAUAUCAAGGAUAGAUCCAAGGACGAGAAGAAGCACAAGAGUAGCCCUGUGCUUGUCGAGGAUGAUUCGAAGAAGGAUCUAAAGAGCGAUAUUAAAAAAGAUGAAGAAGAGACGGAGGAGAAGGUCAAGCAGAUUCCAAAGAAGGAACCGUUGAGUCUGGAGGAACUGCUGGCCAAAAAGAAGGCAGAGGAGGAAGCUCGAGCUAAACCAAAAUUCCUCACCAAAGAGGAGCGCGCGGCCAUAGCUUUGGAAAAACGUCAACAAGAGGUAGAGGCGAUGAAGAGACAGCAGGAAGAAGAGCUUAAGUCUAUAUUUCAUAACGAUAAUGCUGGAAAAGAGAGAGAAUGGGAUGAUAGAGACAGGAGAAGAGAUGGACAACGUUUGCGCGAGGAUGAAAUUAAAGAUAAGGAUAAAGAGAAAGAAGUAGAGGCUAUCAAAGAAAGAUACUUGGGAUUAGUGAAAAAGAAACGACGAGUCAGAAGACUAAAUGAUCGAAAAUUUGUCUUUGACUGGGACACUUCAGAGGAUACUUCUGUAGAUUAUAACAACAUUUACAAGGAGAGACAUCAAGUACAGUUUUUUGGUAGGGGUAAUCUGGCUGGUAUUGAUAUAAAAGCACAAAAGCGAGAUCAAAGCAAAUUUUAUGGCGAAUUGCUAGAAAAGAGACGCACAGAAGCUGAAAAAGAGCAAGAAAAAAUGAGAUUGAAGAAAGUGAAGAGAAAGGAAGAGAAACAAAAGUGGGACGAUCGACAUUGGUCCGAGAAGGCGUUGAACGAAAUGACUGAACGCGAUUGGCGUAUCUUCAGGGAGGAUUAUAACAUAACGAUAAAGGGUGGCCGUAUUCCUGAUCCUAUUCGUUCCUGGAAAGAAUCUGGUUUUCCGAAAGAAAUUCUUGACAUCAUUGACAAAGUGGGCUACAAAGAUCUCACACCUAUCCAACGACAAGCAAUUCCUAUUGGUCUACAGAAUCGAGAUAUUAUCGGCGUUGCUGAAACUGGUUCGGGAAAAACACUAGCCUUCCUAAUUCCACUGUUAUUAUGGAUUACUAAUCUGCCAAAAAUUGAAAGGCUUGAAGAAGCGGAUCAAGGACCUUAUAGUAUUAUCCUAGCGCCCACACGUGAGUUAGCGCAACAAAUAGAAGAAGAAACCAACAAAUUCGGACAACCCUUGGGCAUCCGAACAGUUGUAGUGGUAGGUGGUCUAUCGAGAGAAGAGCAAGGUUUUAGAUUGCGAAUGGGUUGUGAGAUUGUUAUUGCUACACCCGGUCGAUUGAUAGAUGUUUUGGAAAAUCGAUAUCUUGUAUUGAAUCAAUGCACUUAUAUUGUGCUGGAUGAAGCUGAUAGAAUGAUAGAUAUGGGUUUUGAACCAGAUGUUCAAAAAAUUUUGGACUACAUGCCUGUUACGAAUUUGAAACCAGACAACGAGGAUGCGGAAAAUGAGGAGAAGCUUCUAGCCAAUUACAAUACGAAGAAGAAAUACAGACAAACAGUGAUGUUUACCGCGACAAUGCCACCCGCUGUGGAACGUCUUGCUAGAACUUAUUUAAGGAGGCCGGCGGUAGUAUACAUCGGUAGCGUCGGUAAACCGACAGAACGCACCGAACAAAUAGUUCAUAUAAUGGGUGAAGCCGACAAACGAAAGAAACUCAUGGAGAUAUUGAGCAGAGGUGUCGAACCGCCCGUCAUUAUAUUCGUCAAUCAGAAGAAGGGCGCGGACGUUCUAGCGAAAGGCUUGGAAAAAUUCGGAUACAACGCCUGUACCCUCCAUGGUGGAAAAGGCCAGGAACAGCGAGAAUACGCUUUGGCAUCUCUCAAAAGCGGAAGCAAAGACAUUCUGGUCGCCACCGAUGUCGCAGGUCGAGGUAUCGACAUCAAGGACGUUUCUAUGGUCAUCAACUACGACAUGGCUAAAACGAUCGAGGAUUACACUCAUAGGAUCGGACGAACUGGUCGUGCUGGCAAAGCUGGUCUCGCCAUUUCCUUCUGCACGAAGGACGAUAGUCAUUUGUUCUAUGAUCUCAAACAAACCAUUCUCGCCAGUCCGAUAUCUACCUGUCCACCGGAACUACUCAAUCAUCCAGAUGCUCAGCAUAAGCCUGGAACGGUAGUUACCAAGAAACGACGAGAAGAGAAGAUCUUUGCUUAAUUUUUCUCCAGGCAUUUUGCUUAGAUGCUUGGAUGCAGGUCAGAACAUUGGAAGAUCCGGAGUUGCAACAGAUGUAAGAGAAAAACAUCAUGAAUUUGAAUCAUUUCUUAUGGAUUAUUAAUUCUAGAAAUUCUACAAUAACACAUACAUCAUCUGUAUUUUAUAUAGUUAAACCUUCGUAUUCUCAAUUAAUGGAGUUUUUAUAAAAUGAGUUUCUCUUGCAUUGCUCUCCAGUUUCUUUACAGUUACUACUUAACGAUAAUUCCGUAAGAUGAAAAUGUGUGUAGAAUAUAAAUAAGGAUUGAAAAAGAAGUGCAAAAUACAAAGAUUGAUCGAUCUAAAUGGAUCGAGAAUACAAUGUAUUUCGAAUUUUUACAAAAUAUUUGAUCCACAUAGGAGAUAUAAUGAAGACACAAUAAUAAGUCAUAUAAUAAUAGACAUUAGAAUAAUGUAUAUAUAAAUAAUUAUUUACAAUAUGGAUACAAUAAAAUUAUUUGAAUUAUAAUAUGA